CAGUGUACAGUAUAUACUGGUAUAUGGUAAUACCAUUCAUGCAGUUCGAAUCCUACGGAAUUUAAAAAAAAAACAUUAGACAUUUGUAAUACAAUAUAUAAAUAUAUUUGUAAUUGGCAAUAGAGCAGGAGCUACAGAGGUAGAGAGGUGAUAAGUGAAGAGAUAAGGCGAGGCGAGAGGUGGCAGCGUUGUCACUGGUGUUGUGGUGGUCAGCUGUGCUUGACGGCCUCGCCUCCCGGCCACCUCCACCUCCCUAUUUCACCCUCCCUGAGGGACACCACCACCUUCUCCAGGGUUAUAUGUGGAGGACGACAUGAUGUCGAGGUGACAUUGGUGGGCACGUUGCAAAUUGGUGGUUAGAUGAGCAUGGAACAGAGGAUGAUGGAGGGUGGAGUAGUUGCCAGUGUUCCUCCAGUGGCACCCCCUACUGUCAAACUCAAGUGGGCAGAGCAUCUCACCACCUCUUGGCUAGCAGAAGACUGCCAGGCCAUAGCUCUCAGGGACUCAACACUUGUUCUUUAUGACAGGCUGCUGGAGAACAAGGAAGUGGUUGUCGUGGCUGGCCCUGGGUGUGUGAUGCGUGGGGGCCCACAGCUGCCAGACUAUGAACCAGAGCCACCUUCACCGGCAGACCAACUCAACCAUGUGAAUGCUUUGUUGGCCUCCCAGGCUGCUCUUGCUCGAUCUACUGCUGCUCAACCUCGGUUCUCUGCAUUACUUCACAAGAGAUUGAUUGUGCUUCAGAGGAUAUACCACGCACUGUCCCGCAGUUUCCAUCAGGGUGCAAGAGAGAGAGAUCGGGCUCUUACUGGGACAAGUGAACGAGGACCAUCAACAGAGGUUCAGGGCAAUGGUGCUUCCCUAUCAGCUAAUGAGGCUCUUAUAGAGCUAGGAGUGCACACUGGCUUGUCUCUCCUCUUCUCCAUCCUCAGGCUUGGCUGGAUGAAUAAUAGUGGUGGAAGUUUGUGUUCGGAGGUGCUAGGGACGGCUGUGUCCGUGGUUCAAGCACUGCCACCCUUGUCAUUGGCUGUUGAAUCAAAGCUUCCUCGUGUGGGUCUAGCAUCCCUCUCGCAGCUUACUACUUUCCUUGGAGAGACUAUAAAGCCUUCAUCUCCUGCGGACCCAACAGGUCGUAAGCUGAGUGCAGAGUUACUGUUAGGCUUGAGCCUUCAGAGGGGUUCGCUGCGGUAUUUAUUGGAAUGGGUGCACUUGGCCCUCGGUGCAGCUACCACAGCUGCUGAAGAUUCCAGUGAUGGAACAUGCAUUAGCAACAACUGUCUUCAAGACGUGAUGAGCUCCUUGGCCCAAAGUGGAGAAGGUUUAGUGGGUGGAGUGUCUGGAGUGUCUCAUCCAGAUGGCACUGUGCCACUGUAUCAUGCUGCUCUUAUCCUCAUGGAGAAACUCUCACUCUUGGCUUGUGAAUAUGCUCGUACGUGCAUUGGUGACUCGUGUGAAGAGAUGACGGAGAGCAAUGACUCGUGUGAUGUAUAUGUGUGGGGGAGCAACUCUUCACACCAGCUAGCCGAGGGCACGCAGGACAAGAUCCUUGCUCCAAAAUUAACUCAUGCCUUCAGUAGUGUCCAGCAGGUGGAGGCAGGGCAAUACUGCACCUUUGUCGUCCACAAAGAUGGUGGAAUUAGUGCCUGCGGUAAGGGAAGCUACGGCCGCUUAGGUCUCGGAGACUCUAAUAACCAGGCCUCGCCAAGAAGACUCAACCUAGAUACGAGAGUAAGAAGAGUUUCAUCCUCUAAAGGAAGUGAUGGCCAUACUAUAGCACUAUCAACUUCUGGUCAGGUCUUCACAUGGGGAGAUGGUGACUAUGGAAAGUUAGGUCAUGGUAACAAUGUGACGCAGAAAUACCCAAGACUCAUUGCUGGGCCGCUGACUGGCAAGGUGGUGCGUUGGGUGUCAGCGGGAUACCGUCACUCUGCCUGCGUAACUCAAGAGGGAGAACUCUUCACCUGGGGAGAAGGGGAUUAUGGCAGACUAGGUCAUGGAGACAGUACGAGCCGUAAUGUGCCUACACUCGUCAGAGACAUAUCUGGUGUGGGUCAAGUAGUAUGCGGCAGUGCACAUACACUUGCUUUGUCAGCUGAUGGGCGAACAGUAUGGUCUUUUGGAUCUGGUGACCAUGGAAAGCUUGGCCAUGGGGACACAGCCAAGGUGUAUAGACCUCGAGUAAUAGAAGCACUGCAGGGUCUUACAAUACGCAAGCUGACCACGGGCACACAGGUCUCCUUUGCCCUUGCGGCUCAUGGCCAGGUCCAGGGAGGUGACAACGCGCAUUUUCAGGUAUGGGUGUGGGGCACAGGUCCAUGCCUUGCCUUAGGAUCACCUGAAGCCACCAUGCUGAGGCCACGACCAAUCGAAGAGCUGGCAGGGUUGCGGAUUGUUGACAUAUCUGCUGGAGAUUCUCACGUAAUGGCAUUAACCCAUGAAUCAGAGGUUUAUGCAUGGGGCUCUAACACAAUGGGUCAAUGUGGGCAGGGUCACACUGUGUCACCCAUUCCACGACCCAAAAAAGUAACAGGACUUGAUGUUGCUGUUCACCAGAUUAGUGCUGGAACCACUCAUUCCAUAGCUUGGACUGCCAUACCUACUGACAGACGUGUGGUAUCAUGGCAUCGUCCUUUCUGUGUUGAUCUCCAAGAAGGUACCUUUUCUCUUUUGAGGACUUUUAUAGAACUUUAUUGCUGCUUUGACGACAUGGAUAAACCAAUUAAACCAUUUGCAUCUGUGAGGGAUCAGGAGAAGUUUGUAUUACUAUGUUUACAACUGCUUAACACCCACUUAUCAUUGGCGUUGACUGGAGGCAUGACCCAGGCAGUGCUGGGAUCCCAGGCAUCACCACUCAGGCAGUUACUCUUCAGACUAGUUGAUGCGAAGUUACCUCGUGCUAUAGAAGCUGGAGUAUGUGAGGGUCUGAGUUCCCCAUUGCUUCUGCCGCCCCUGGCAUCGCGCAUGAGCCUCCUCUACUGUCUCCUGCCAAAGUCACCGGAAGACUGGGGACGACUGUCUCGUGGACAGCGUCUACAGUUGGGUAUUUUAGUGGUGAGUUUAGAGGACCAUAGUCAUGUUGCAGCACUGCUUGGCUAUGGCUCUCCCGACGAUGCUCCAGCCAUGUGUCACCACGCCUCGGCCACCUUACCCAGAGACCUGAUGCACACACUGCUUGCCAACCUUAGAUUCCACACUGAGCAUCAGUUGAACCAGAUCCUCGAAGAAGAAAAACCAGGUAAAAAAGUUGUUCUCAAAGUUAAGGUUCUCGCUUCACAAGCUGUAACUCAAGAAGAAAGUUUAUCACACAAGGACUCGGAAUCUCAUAAACCACAGACGCAAGAUGAUAAAGACGAUAAUUCGGAAAUCCUGGAAUGCACUGCGGGUCCUCCAGAACUGUUGGACCUUCACCCUAAGUGGUUACCACCUGCAUCAGGAGUUGAUGGUGGUGAUGAACAGAGCAGCAGCCAGGACGAGUGUGAUUCUGCACGGCAGUAUAUAGAUGCUCAGCUUGGAGGGACUCACCCUCAGCACCUUCUUCGGCUCCUCUCCAAUCUUCAUUCACACCUUCUGGCAUAUUGCACGCAUCACCAAUUUGAGGAGAAUUCAGCAAGUAUGCGGCUGUUAUAUGAGCACUUGAGCGAACUGUUUGAGAUGUGUGGUGUACUGCUGAAUCAGACCUCGAGACUUCUUGCUACCCACCCUGGCUUGGCUCAUCUCAUCCAUGAUGUUGUUUAUCGUAGUGUAUGUGGCUGGGUCCUAGCCCAUGUAGUGUACGCUUUGCUGCUCUUCCCAGCAAGACUGGUUCGACCACUCUUGGGUCCUUUAAGAGCCAUUCUUCCAAUUCUUGAUUCCACAAACCGAACAAUAGCAUCUGUGACUUCAUUUACUGAUCAGGAAGAUGUUACUUCAGAGGUAGACACCCCAACUCCUGACACUGUUAAGAGUGUUGGUGGGGGCGUGGUUGGUCGUCAGUGGGCAUGGCUGCUGGAUGUGGAGCGAGCCUGUGGUUUAGUGGUGGGACGGUGCCUGGAGGGCAUGCUGCUUGGACCCCCACUCACAUCCAAGGAGGUGCAAAGUAAACCUUGGCUUUCUAUGCAACUUUUUUCGUGUGGAUUGGCAGCAUGUGAUUUAUGUCCAGAAGAAGUGACUACAGCCAUUGAGCAUAUAUUAAGCAUUUUGGAGUGUGGGAAGGAUGUUGUUGUGGAGGCUUUGCAUAAUUUUGCCACGACCUACACACAGCUUACAACCCCUCUUAUCACUGUUCUCGAAUCAAAGAGCCAGGUGAUGCUGUGGAUGGAUGAGAUGGCGUGCGGAGAGGACUGGGACACGUGUGAAGUGAAGGAAGACAUACUCCUGGAUAUCACAACACAAAUACUGCUCUCCACGUUCCUCAUGCACACGGGGGUCUCACAAGCACAACUUGGCGUCCACUACUGCUCAAUAAUGAGGGAACUGUUCCGGCUGGUUUACCACAUCAGACGGCGACUUGUUACACUGAAGACCGACGACACUUCUGAAUCUCUUGAACGAUCAAGAGCAGGAUCAGAGACGGCCCAGGACGAGGAGCGUGUACGGGUGGAAAUUGUUGAACAAAUGUUGUCUCUUAGAGUGCCAGUGAAUCAUGAGCCAGAGGACCAGGAAGAAGUUCGUGAGCUACGAGAACGACUGAUGGCCAUGAGAAGUCCUAGAACCUAUGAUGAGCAAGAACCAGAUGAGAGUGGGCAGGAACCUGUAGAGGAAGACAUAAGUUACGAGGCUGCUAAUCUUCACAUUAUAACACAGUGCCUGGUACUCCUGAUGGCUAUCAAACCUGCACCUUUAUUACCAAAAUCCUGCGUUCAGCUAUCUAGUCAAGAAGUGUUAAGCAUGGUCAUGAGCCGGUGUAUAGAAGUGCUGGGGUUUGCCGGAGCAGAGGAUCACCAGUUGACGUCGCUCAAAACUACAGCCAAUCUGCCACCAGGACCCGACAUUCUCCUUCCCUCGAUGGCAACGCAACAAACUCGAGCCGAGUCUCGACUGGAUGCGCUGGAGCUAAUGCUAACACUAUUAACUCCUGCACAAGGAGAAAAGUGUGAGGACGACGACGACACUCAACAACAUUUUGCUCUUGAGAAAGCAUGUGGGUCUCUUCUACCUUCUGUGUAUCAUGAAGUCAUGACUGGUUGUUUUGGACUGGAAAGCCUCUGGAGCAGCAGUAGUUACUCGUUGGUGAGGUCGCUGGAAGCGACACACUACCUGGAUGGCAUCAGAGCAGCAAGCCAACCCACCCAACAGCAGAUUGCCACAACUGUUCACAUCAUCUAUCAUCACUUAGUGUCAUCUUUACUUCAACAUGAACAACCAGAUAAAGGACUCCGGGAACGUUUGUGCCUGCUGACCAUAUUUGCUCUCAGUGUCCGCUAUGAAGCACCUGAUCUGAGCUUAGCCGUGUCGAGUGGUCUUCUUGAUGCCUUAGUGCGCAUGUGCUGCCCCUAUGAUCCUCCGACUCUGCGUCACACUCCUCAUCCAUCUCCAUCGGAUCUUUUACCUCACGCAGCGCACACACUCUUCCAAAUACUUACCAUCUUGACAGGAUAUUAUGCGGAAGACAUCAGCAAGUCGGUUCUUUCUCAGGUUAUGAAUCUUUUGCAUCUACAAGUUGAAGACCUUGUCAAUCACAUUAUUAAAGCUAAUGAAGUAACAUGGAAAAAUUACAUGCAGCAUGAAACCAUGGUUCCUGAUGAAAGGAAUGUGGAGACGGCAAAACCUGACCUGACAGAAAUUGAAAUUAAAGAUACAGAGAGAAAAGGAACAGAGGUAAAUGAUGCAGAUACAAAAGAAAAAAAGGUAGGCCAGAGAAAAUUAGAACUGCGCCUCACAGGGCUCAACACUGGCCAGAACAAUAACGCUGCUGAUGCAAGGAAACGACGACAUCUGGAGGUGACAUUAGGCAAUCUACUAGUGUUUGUGAGGCGACUCUGUGUCAAUCAGCGGGUGAGAGUUCUCGUUGGUCGUCAACCAUGGGUGCGACUAUUACUACUUGUGACCGGUGAGCAGGCUGAAACUCAUCUUCCUCAGGUCAUUAGUGUAAGAACUCGAGUUCUAGCAUUGACUCUGCUGGGUGCAACGCUUCCAUAUUCAGAUCUUGAUUUAGAGGCUCGGGAACAGGUCGUAAGACAGCUUUUCAUGCAGCUGGCUGCUAAUAUGUGGGUAACACCUUCUGCACAGGCUCAUCUUAAGGCUAGCCAAUUAUUAACAGAGCUUCAAAAGCACCUUGUGAGACUGUCAAGUCCCGAGUUAAUGGAUGAACAGUCGAGACCUGACUCCCCUGAUGACAGUUUGCCUGUUCAGGAAGUGGGUUUUGACCCUGACAAGUCUGUGUGUUGUUCAGUUGAAGGGGGACACACACUUGUGCAUGGACCAGGAGGACGAGGCUAUGGUCUAGGGUCUACUCCAAUUACUUCUGGAUGUUAUCAGUGGAAGUUUCUAAUUGUAAAGGAAAACCGUGGUAAUGAAGGAACUUGCAUUGGCGUUUCAAAAUAUCCUGUCCGAGACUACAGCCACAGAACAUCAUCAGACAUGUGGCUUUAUAGAGCAUAUUCUGGAAAUCUUUACCACAAUGGAGAACUUAGCAUUUCUUUACCUGGUUUUACUCAAGGAGAUUACAUCACAGUGGUUCUGGACAUGGAGGCUAGGACUCUCAGUUUUGGCAAGAAUGGAGAAGAGCCACGACUUGCAUUUGAAAAUAUUGACGCUCCAGAGCUUUAUCCCUGUGUUAUGUUUUAUAGCACAAAUCCUGGAGAGAAAGUAAAGAUGGUGGACAUGCAAGUGAGAGGUUCUCCUCGAGACCUUGAUCCAGGUGACCCUCUGUGUGCCCCUCAGGCUGCCGUUUUGUCGGAAGCUCACAUUGCCCUUCUGCGGCAGCUACAUGAAGCCUCGGCUUGGACACAGCAGGUUAAUGAUUGCAUAAUUGAGCGCCUUAAUCAGACAAAGGAAUUGAUACCACAGCCAAAGGAUCUUCAUGAAAGUGUUGAGACAGCUUCUAAAAGUGAAUCUGAAAAUGAAGAACAUGUUUGUGAAUAUGAACCCACUGCAUAUGAUGCCAGUGAAGGUCAUGUCUUGACACUAGAUGAAAGACUUGAUGAGGAAGAAAAAACAAAGAAGAAAUUUGGAUUGUGUUCAGAUGACAAUGAUAGAAAUGCUCAGAGAACAGAUUUAAAUAUGGAACACGAUCACUUGAGUGAAAGGACAGGUAUUGCAAAAGGAAAAUCCGGUAAACAAAAUCUAGUUUACGAGAUGAACUUAGAGCAGCUGUGCAAGGAGGUUUAUCCUGCCCUUGCCAUGAUUGGUGGAGUUGAUAGUGGACUGAGGGUAGGAAGUCAGUGUAUCCAGAAGGGGACUGGAAGGAGGGCAAUGGUCUUAGGGGCUCUACGUCAAGGACACCCAGCUGUGAAGGUACAAUGGUGUGACUGGGAUACAAGCAUCAGUGAUGUGCCAGUUUCUCUGUUAGAGCCCGUUGAGCCGCCUCCGUUUGACGUGUCAAAGAUGUCGGGAAUAACUGCCCAGGUCAUUACGCAGAUAAUGAGGCUAGCUGGCCUCACACAAGAGAUUGAGUUUCCCAAAGUGACUUACAAUCAUGAGACUGAUGAAUUGCAAACAUCAUCUUCGGGCAGCCUCGUAUCUCCUCAUGUUCCACAGACUCGCCAGGAAUCCAUUCCAACUACUGCCGCCAAUUCACACGGGCCCUCGCAUACAUCCAGCCCACGCAAGGAGUCAAGAGUGAGCUCUGAUGGUCUGACUAUGGAAUUACUUACUGACCAGUUAGUUACAAAUAUCAUGGAUGAGGUGACGGGGCGUUCAUUUGAUGUCUCGGAUCGCCACGAGCCACCACAACCGACUCAUCGAGGCUCAUCCAUGACUGGAGAAUUAAGUCAAGAAGAAGGAAUGGCAUUGCGGUUGGCAUUCCUGCAGAGUGCCAGCCUCCGAGCUAUAUGUGCCAUUAUGAAUUGUCCUCGUUAUGCUGAAAUGCUGCUGGUGCCCAAGGCAGUACAAGAAAAGGAUGGAGGUGAAAAGGGAAGCUCGGUGUCACUGCUGCAUGAAGAAGAUGAGAUACGUUCAUCUAUUAGAGUGCUGGUUAGGUGUAUGGUCUCAGCUUGUACACAGCCCCAACCUUUGAAGAGGCAAGUGAGCGUUGCAGAGGUGGAGCGGUCACACCUGGUGCUUCACAGCAUGUGUAUGAGGGCUUGGGCGGAAGAUAGCUUGAGUGUGGCCGACACGCAGUCUCGAAUCUCGGCACUCACCGCCAGCGAGGAGAGGAUCUCUGAGCAGAUUGAAGCAACAGAUCGACAGCAAAACAUAUCUGACUUACCAUCUGCUGCUGCAGAUGUUAGAAUCCCGAAGCGUCCCAUUCCAUCUCUUGGCCUUCCUAUCACUGUCCCUUGUGCUCCUGCUACUUAUCCAGGAAGCGAGAUGCAUUCUUCCCAUUAUUCCCACACAUCUCAGUCAUCUCGGGCGAACCACAAUCCACCUCGAGGGCGUUCAGUUGGGCCAUUAACCCCACAGAGUGCCCCCUUGCCUCCCAUGGCUAGAAGCCAUUCACCAUCGCCGCCUCUAACUCCUCUGCCACCCCUGCCACCACCUAUAGCCACACCUUUACUGGAAAUGGGAUUUACUCUCAAACAUAUCCAGAAGGCAAUCUCUGCUCAAGGUCAUAAAGGUGAACCCUCGGCAACACAGAUCAACCAGUUGGUAACGUGGAUGUUAGAGCACCCUUGUAUUGAUGCCAGUGAGACUACCGAGAGGAGACGCUCUCAUGAGGACACAUCGUCAUCUGUUUCUGCUGCUUCAGGAGCAGCUGCAGUGGCUGCACAGUUGAUAGAUCGAACUGAUAUUCAAGAUCUAAGUGGAAGGCGGACCAAUACAGGAAUGCUUCGCAGAGGGGGUUAUGUUGACAUUCGAUCUUUCAUGGUACCCACACGACCUUCAGGAAGAGGACUGGAUAGUCGAGAUACGGAGAGCUCCAGGCAGUACCAACACACACGAAGUGAUAGCCGUUUCAGAUACAGUCGCGCAGUUUUUGAAGAUCAUCAUCGGGGCUCUGAUGACUCCAUAGGAACCUUGCCGAGUGAUUUAGAACAUUGGCUGUGUAGUUCCCUGGGACUAGAUGUGAUACACCGGACUGCGUUCAAUGCCUCACGAGACCAAGAUUGGAGGAGUGUGAUUGAGGCGGCCACAAAUAAUGAUGUGGAGAGACCGUCGAGUGUGUGCGAGGUGUGCCACCACCCGACAACUAACCUGCGUCAACACAUGCGUGUGGCUCACCCAGGUUGUGCCAGGCCAUGGAUGUCUGGUGUCUGUGGCACGCUAAUUGGGGGAACUUACAUCUUGUGUGAGGUAUGUCAAGAGCAGCAUGUGGGAAGCAGUGGUGGGAUGGGGCUACCUCAGGGAGAGUCAGUUGAGGGCCAGGACCGCCUACGGGACUUGACUACAGUUUUAGCUCCAGAUCUGGCACCUGCUCCCCUCGCCACCAUGGAAGAUGAUGGACUAAGCAUGAAUGAAAUAGACUUGAAGCUGACAAACUAUAAUGUAAUAGCUUCUCGAUUAGGCUUAACUGAAAGAAGACCUAUACCUGAUCCAAUGCCAUUUCCAAGUGCUGAUCCACUGGGGGCUACAACAUUGGGCUCCAAUGUUUGUGAUGCUGCAGAGUCUUCAAGUGCUGCAGGUGCUGGAGCUCGUCCACGGGACAACAGUGUUACUAGUUCUCCAGAGCGCAGCCUUGGUGAACAAGCGGCUUCGUUAACUUCCCCCAUCGCUCGAAUCUCAGCAUUGCGUCGUACCACUCAUGCACUUCGUGUCACAAUGGCACGUGCAGUUGUGAUGAGAGCCCUUUCCCUACUUGCCUUAAGUGGCGGAUCCUGCGAUUUGUGGGCUGGGCUAGAAGCUCUGGGGUUAUGUGAUGUUCGUCUCCUUGUUCGCUUAAUGUGGUUGGUUGCUCAAGGGCGUGUUCCACUGGAUGGGUGUGCCAAAACGUGCGGUGCAGUACUACAAGCAGCAGAUGUUAGUACGAGCCUAGCUCACCUUAGUGAUGCUAUUGGAGCACUUGCUCAAAAUGAUACUGAUGCUGCCAAGUUAUUGCUGCAGCUUUGUACUCAGCAUCUAAUGGUGGCGGCAAUGGGAAUGUCCAGUGGGGAUAUAGUUGGAGGAUCAGCGGAAGAAGAAGUUGUUGACCUCGGUGUUGGAGGGGACCGUCGGGAUUCACAGAGCAGCUCUAGUGCACAUCAGACCAGUUUUCCUGUCACCCAAGCUCUCGUGUCUCUGCUGGCUGCAAAUUCCUCCCUCAUCCACUUGGCUGGUAAAGGAUUGGUCAAGAACCUGCAUCUGUCCUCCAUCAUACACCAACCAUCAUCUCUCGUCCACCUAUCAACACUUGGUGAAGGCACAAUGUCUCCUCGGGGAGUUGGUGGAGGCCAAGGUGAUCCCGGCAUACAGCUAGCAAAUGCUCUCGCUGCAUGUAUUUUGUCGACCCACCUUCCACACUCACACCGCCAGUGGUCUGCAACGCAAUUGGUUGAAUGUAUUGGUGGUCGUGCACGGCUAAUUGAGAAUCACAACGAACUACCUGGCUCUGAUGUUCUCUCAAGUUCAGACUUCACCGGAGCUCUGCCUCAUGUGCAGACCACAUUCUUAGAGGGCCAUACAUCUCCCACCUCAAAUGUUCUGUGGCUUCAAGCAAGGAAUUUAUUAGUAACAAGCGGGCACGAUAGUUCAGUACGGACCUGGAAAGUUGGGCAGCGAAGUAUUGGCCCUCAAGAACAUACGUUGGUGUUUCAGUGUAGUGAAAACAGCAGCAGCAGCAGCUACCCUGUAAAUCUUGCUGCUGUGGAACACUUGGUUGUCCUUCCUUCAGAACGAUGUGUUGCGGCCACCUUUGAACAUGUUCUUAAUAUUUGGGCUCUGAGCGGUGGAAAUAUUGGAACAUGGUCUAGCAACAGUAAAAUAACUUGCCUGGAGGCUGCAGCCCAGGGUGUGUGUGACUGUGUAAUUGUUGGUCACCGCGAUGGUUCAGUGACACUGGCAGCCUUUACCGCCACUGGUAUUGUGCCCUCCACCAUCAUGCAUGCUGGCAGACAAGAUGUGUAUGUGAGUUGCUUAGCCUGGAAAGACCAAGACAAGGAACUAGCUGUGGGCUUCAGUGAUGGAAUUGUUCGUGUUUGUUACGUCAACACUGACCUGGACAGUGUCACCCUCAGAGCACAACAGGGUCCUGUUCAUUGUCUGGAGUGGAGCAGCAACUGCUGCCUGCUGGCAUCUUGUGGUGAGGGCGGAACAAAAGUUUGGGCACAGACCGCAAAUGGAUGGACACCAGUGUACUCCUUAGAUUACAAGUCUCUGCCAUCGUCAGUUAAAUGGUCUCCAAUUAUAAGCGGUGUGAGUGAAGGCGUGUGUGCGCACAUGUUGGUGAUUGGUCAUGAAGAUGGGCUGGUGACUGUCUGGGUUGUUCCUCAGACUCCUGCAUCAGAUUCUUCAGAGUAUGAGGGAAGCGAACAACCUGAAAUUUGCUCACCGACUCUGUCACACAGCCCACGCUGCUUGCUACAGCUUCGUGGUCAUCAGGGUCCUGUUACCUCACUAGAUAUAUCACUCUCUGGGCUCAUGCUGGCUACAGGUUGUAUGAAGAGCACAAAUGGGCUAGUGAAUGUCUGGUCGCUUCAGGAUGGGUCACUACUACAGACAGUAGUAGGCACUGGAGGCAUCUCUGAUCUUGCAUGGGCUGGUAUAACAGGCCUCGCUGUUAGUCUGACUCACUCACAGAACGUGAUGUUUAUUUCCUUGACGGAAGACCAGUUUUACAAAUUGCGGGUGGUUGCACUGUGCCGUACAAGGUUACAUGCUUGGGGCAUGUCUGGGUUACACCAGGCACCUUGUCUCCGAGCUCUGCUGUGCCACCUGCCAUCACUUCUCCUCUCACAGUAUCAUCAUGAGAAACCGAUGGUGAGCAGCGGGGAACAACUAGUACACAGUCGGUACCUACAGCAGCUGUGUUCUCUGGCUCUUCUGCUGAGGUUGGACAGUGUUCUCUGCACUCAACCUGCUCCCAUCCAUGUGGCUAACCCAGAACCAGCCAAGAGUGACGAAGAAACUGAGAGAGGGACUGAAGAAGUCACUGUACAUGCCUCAGUCUGUAUAUACGAUGCUGAUGACAUGGAGCAUUCAGUUAACGAAGUUGUUGAGUGGAAUUGGCUAGACACGCUGUGUACUGCUGUCAGCACGGCUGAAAGUUUGAAUAAUCGCACUCCUCUCCCGCGCUCUUUUGUUACGAGGCAUUUUAAACAGUUGGAUUUUUCAGAUGACAAAGGGCAAGUGAGCCUUGCACUCGAGAACAACAAAUGGGAUGUGGAGCAAGACGCAGCAGUAAUGUCAUGGGCCACGCAGCAGCCGGGGGACUGGCAGGUUGGCGGACGAUGCCAAGUUUACAUGUGGGGAAGUGGCAGACAUGGACAACUUGCAGAAACAGGACGAAGCAGCCAAGUUCCUGUCCUGACGGAGACUCUAGGGUGUGCACAACAAGUUGUUUGUGGCCAGAACUGUACCUUUAUUGCAACAGCCAAUGGAUCAGUUUUAGCAUGUGGAGAAGGAAGUUAUGGGCGCCUUGGUCAGGGUAACUCUGAUGAUCUGCACACACCCUCAGUCAUAUCUACCCUGCAAGGUUUUGUUGUGACUCAGGUUGCAACAUCAUGUGGCUCUGAUGGCCACAGCUUGGCAGUGACGGACAGUGGAGAAGUCUUCUCGUGGGGAGACGGAGAUUAUGGUAAAUUAGGCCAUGGUAAUUCAGACCGUCAACGUAGACCUCGACAAAUUGAAGCAUUCCAAGGGCAGGAGGUUGUUCAGCUGGCAUGCGGGUUCAAGCACACAGCCGUGGUAACUUCUGAUGGCAAGCUCUUCACCUUUGGGAAUGGGGACUAUGGAAGAUUAGGUCUUGGCUCUACUGCAAAUAAGAAACUUCCCGAGAGAGUCAUGGCUCUUGAUGGUUGGAGAAUUGGUCAAGUAGCUUGUGGAUUAAAUCAUACUGUGUGCUGUAGUGCUGAUGGAAAUACUGUUUGGGCAUUUGGAGAUGGUGAUUAUGGAAAAUUAGGCCUUGGUAAUUCAACAUCAAAAUCCACUCCUCAGAAAGUGGAGGCUAUGUGUGGAAUAGGAAUAAAAAAAGUGUGCUGUGGUACUCAGUUUACAGUGUUUCUCACCAAAGAUGGCAGGGUUUACACCUGUGGAAUGGACCGUCUCAUUGGCCAGCCGGAAUCUCGCACUAGAGGCCAUAAUCGCCCACAACAAGUUCCAGCCCUUGUGAAUCAUAUUGUAGUGGAUGUGGCAGUUGGAUCUGAACAUACACUAUCUCUCACAUCCACUGGGGAUGUGUUUGGAUGGGGUGUUAAUAGUGAUGGGCAGUUAGGCUUGGGGCAUUCUGCAGCAGUAAGAGAGCCCCAGCUCAUUCGGACGUUGUCAGGGAAAGGUAUCCACCAGAUAAGUGCUGGUCGUAGUCACAGUGCUGCCUGGACAGCUCAUCCUCUUCCCCCCAUUACCCCGGGCAAUCCGGCUCCUAUGCAACUUGGUAUUCCCGUUUCAGUGCCACCGCAAUAUCCUAACCUUCAGAGUGUUUCACGAGGUGCUCUAUGUGCUCGACUUCGACUUUUACAUCAGUUCAGUGACCUACUGUAUUCAUCGUGGAAACUUAUAACUUUAACUCCAGGUACUGAUUGCUAUGUAGAUAAUGUCAGUGCAGUUACCUCGGCUGCUGUACGCUCUGUAGUCUCACCCAGAGUGUACACUCUCCCUCUAGUACGUUGUUUGGGCCGUACUAUGGUUCAGGGACGCAAUUAUGGUCCCCAAGUGACAGUUAAAAGGAUAUCUAGUAGAGGAUCUCCAUGCAAGCCCAUCUUUACGCAGUUGGCUCGACAAGUCGUCAAACUAAAACCAGCUGAUCUGCGGCUGCCCUCUCGAGCUUGGAAGGUUAAACUUGUUGGAGAAGGAGCAGAUGAUGCGGGUGGUGUGUUUGAUGAUACUAUGACUGAAAUGUGCCACGAGCUUGUCACUGGGGCAAUCCCGCUCCUAAUACCCACACCUAAUGCCAUAUCUGAUGCUGGCAACAAUAGAGAUCGUUUCUUGCUGAACCCAGACCUCACGCAAUCGCAUCAUUUCAUGUGGUUUAAGUUUUUAGGGAUAUUAUUUGGUAUUGCUAUCCGUACUAAGAAGCCCCUAGCACUUCCUCUUGCUCCAUUAGUGUGGAAACUGUUAGCUGGAAUUGCUCCUUCUUCGGCAGACUUAGAAGAGGUGGACGUAGAAUACAUGCAGAGCCUAAGGGCCAUCAGAGAUAUUGAUCAAGAUGGUAUAACUGAAGACACUUUCCAUGAUGUUAUUCCUCUGGAGAGCUUUGAAUGCAUGAGCAUGACCGGAGCAAGAGUUGCUGUUGUGCCAGGCGGCCGGGCUGUGCCUCUUACGUUUUCCAAUCGCCAGGAAUAUGUCAAUCGCACUAUACAUUACAGAUUGCACCAGAUGGACAGACAGGUUGCUGCUGUGAGAGAAGGUAUGGCGUGGAUUGUGCCCGUACCAUUACUCUCCCUCAUGACGUCCUCACACCUCGAGCAACUAGUAUGUGGCCUCCCACACAUAUCCGUAGCUACCCUCAAGAAAGUUGUGAGGUAUCGUGAAGUGGACGAACAUGAUCCUCUUGUGGUAUGGUUGUGGUCAAUCUUGGAGUCAUUUAGCCCCUGUGAACGCGUUCUUUUUGUUAGAUUUGUUUCUGGCAGGUCACGACUUCCAGCCAACUUGGCUGAUCUGUCCCAACGCUUCCAGGUAAUGCGGGUGGAUAGGCCUAUUGAUACACUCCCAACUGCUCAGACAUGUUUCUUCCAGCUAAGGCUUCCACCAUACUCAAGCCAAGAAGUGAUGGCUGAAAGGAUGCGUUACGCAAUUAACAACUGUCGUUCCAUUGAUAUGGAUAACUACAUGUUAGCCAGAAAUCAAGAUCCCAAUCAUCACUCUGACGAUGAUGAAUUUUAAAAUUAACGUCACCAUAUAUUGUGAAUUGAUGUCACUUAAAGGUGAGAAAUGACAAUGAAUUCUUAAGAAUUAUGUUCAUGUGGCUCUUCAGGGUGGUCAUAAAGAACUUUCCAAGGUUGUAAUGCAGGGUUUGCUGUAACUAGAAAUGAGAAGAUCAUUGUCACUGACCACCUAGUGCUGCCUUAGAUAACCCAAGAGGUAAGAGAAAAACUUGCUGCAGUUAUUAAACCUUGGCCAGGAUUCAUCAAGAAUUUACGUGUUCAAUUACAAAACCUGUACAAGUUUCUUUGAUUAUUGUGGUUUAGUUUGUAUUUAUUAAACAGUUUGAGAUUAGAAGAUCACAACCCAAGGUUGUUGCUAUAUGCAGCCUCGUAGCACUUUUGAGGUCAUAUACUGUUUAUUGAAUGUAAACAAUGCGUGUUAUGGUUGAUGAAAAAUGUACAGACUUUAAGUGGACACACAGAUGGCUCCUGGUUCCGGUUUGUUAUAUUUAGUCAUCAACUGGCCUUAAUCAGUUUCCAGAACAUGUAAGAUGUAUUUAUUUUCUGUUUUGUGUAUUCUGUAUAGUAUGUUCUUUCUUUAAAAAACAAUAAUUAAGGUUAAUUUUUUAUAUAUCUAAUUUUGUUAUGAAUCCAGUUUUUAAAUGAUUCAUUGAUUCAUUACAUGUGUCACCACAUGUAAUAUAUGUAUUAAAAAUUCUUGCACUAGAAUUGAAUCUCGUAAGCGAGAAAGCUGCACUGGGAAAGGGGACACAACAACUUGGAAUAACCUUAGAAUGAAAAUGUUUGUGUGUUAACUUCUCAUGUGUAUGUUUUUGCACUAAAUAAUGCAGUGUAGUAUAGCAUUUGUGGAGUGAGAGAGCAAUGUUUUAAAUCAGUGUAUUUAUAAAUGUCAUUGUUUAAAGUGUAAUGUUGUGAUGAAAUGCUGAUCCACAUGCAAAUCAUUUUUGCAAGUUCAAUCAGUCACCGAGUGGCUUGGACCAUUAUUUACAAAAUUAUUGCGCAACAUACGGUACUGUAAUAAGUGUAUUUUGUUCAUAAAUUUAUAAUUGUGGUAUUUAAAAUCUAAUUCCGAAGGAAAUUGUAUCUUAGAAAUGUCGGAAAUAAUUUUUACAUUAACUGGUCUGUUAAGAUAAUAUUUCAUUCAUACAAAUUUAAAUAGAGUACACUGUACUAUAAACAUGAUAAGAUGAUGCACUUUCAUUAUACUUUUAUCAAAUAGAUUUUUUCACUUUUAAUAAAUACUAUAACUUUAACUGGCAUAGCAAAUUAUGUAUGGUCUAAUGAAAUGCCGGUAUUAUUAAUUUCUAGCUCUUAUUUAUAGUAACUGUUUCUCAGACACAUCGUAGACAGCGUCUAUGGAUCACACGAUUAUGUUGAUGUUGUAAUGGUUAAAUAGCUGGUUAUAACCAAGACUGGGAUGUCCGGGGCUUCAAGGGGUUCAGUGCUGGUUCCACUUCGUGUGGUUUUUCAUUCCAUCACAAGUGCAUGUAUUACUUUUGCACCGAAACAUUCAUAAUAAGGAAACACAGCAGCAUUGUGCAUUUUUAUGUGCUCUAUACGUUUUCUUUUUCGUUAAUCUUCUAAUGUAUUUUCCCCCUCAGUUUAAUGCUCAAAUGGCAGCUUUAAAAAGAUAAA